AGGCACUGUUGGUAUUACAGUCACUCUGCUGCACACCUUGACACUCUCCACCGCCCCAGGACGACCUCUGUUUGACUUCUUCACCCAGGAUGGAUCCCUGUGACAAGAAUGUUUACGAGACCCCAGAGGUCACCUACGAGAACCAGUCGUCAGGUGUGUAUGACCUGACUUAUGAUGGGCAGUAUGAGGAGCCCUCAGACCUGUCGGCAGAGUACGAGAACACCGGACGGGCCAUAGGAAUAAUACCAGAUCCCCCUUCUCUCCCACCACCUCACCACCCCACCGAGGAGAGGCGAAGCAGUUCGUCCUCUUCCUCAUCCUCCUCGUCUUCCUCACAUGAUGAAGAAGAAGAGAAAGGGGAGACGGAGGGCUGGAACAGAGAGAAGGAGGAGGAGGAGGAGAAAGAAGAAGAAGAGGAGAAGAUAGAGGUAGAGGAGAUCAGCAGACCUGUCCUGAACUGGGAGACUCCAGAGAUGGAAGUGGAGGAGAGGAACUCGUCACGCAGGUCCUCAUCUUCGUCAUCAUCUUCAUCAGCCUCUGAGAAGGAGGAAGCUGAGGAGAAGCCAGAGCAUGACAAGAAUGAACCAGAGGUCAUACUUUUUGCCAAGGCAGGCAGUGAUGGGGAGAGCAUUGGAAACUGUCCAUUCUCUCAGCGCCUCUUCAUGAUCCUCUGGCUGAAAGGAGUAGUGUUUAAUGUCACCACUGUUGACCUCAAGAGGAAACCGGCUGACCUUCACAACCUGGCCCCAGGGACACACCCGCCCUUCCUCACCUUCCAGGGGGAGGUUCUCACUGACGUCAACAAAAUAGAGGAGUACUUGGAGGCAAUGCUGGCUCCACCAAAGUAUCCCAAGCUAGCAGCAAAGAACCGUGAAUCCAACACAGCAGGAAAUGAUGUAUUUGCCAAGUUCUCAGCUUAUGUCAAAAACACAAGAGCAGAUAAAAAUCGAGACUUAGAGAAGAGUCUAAACAAGGCCUUGGCUAAGCUGGAUGAGUAUCUGAUGAGUCCACUACCCGAUGAAGUUCAGGCAGGACGCCACAUCGGCAAGGGAGAAUCUACCCGCAAAUAUUUGGAUGGAGAUGAACUGACAUUGGCAGACUGCAACCUCCUGCCCAAACUCCAUGUUGUCAAGGUUGUUGCGAAGAAAUACCGAAACUAUGACAUCCCGUCUGAAUUCAGAGGGUUGUGGCGUUAUCUUAACAAUGCCUACAAACGAGAUGAGUUCACCAACACGUGCGCAGCUGAUGUGGAAAUCGAGCUAGCCUAUAAGGAUGUAGCCAAGAGGCUGGGAAAAUGAAUGCAUCACGUCCACAGUCACUGUUCAGACUUUCUCUCUUUUGGAAAAUCUACUAAAUCAUACUUCUGAAACACAUUACAUACAUUCUUUACACAGGAUGUAUCAUUUUUAACACUGAUGUGCUAAAAUAUGCUUAAAUAUGGCAAAGUGGUAUCUCAAUGAAAAGACGUGGUAAAAAUGAUUCAUCAAUUUCGUGUCGAGUAUCUACAGUCUGAUGCCUCUGUAAUGCUGGAAGAGGCUGAAAAAUUGUUUGGUAAUGAUGAUUAUAUUGAUGAUUGUUUGUCAAAAAAAACAUCUUAAGUUGGUAACUGACUGUUAGCUAGGCCCCUUGAUAAACAGUGAUUGUUAAUGCAUAGGCUGUAUAGAAUGGAUUGAACAGUUUGUCUGCUUUGUUGUAAACUGCAAAAGUUAGCAUGUUGGGCUAACUAGCUUACUACCCACAGUAGAUCUGCCAAUGCCAAGGAGCAUAUUGUUAACUAACCACGUUAUUCUGUGUUAUUUUGUAUUACAGGUUAUGUUUAGAAAGAAAAAAAACAUUCAUGACUGACACAUCCACUAUAUAGUAUCUCCCCACAGUCCUGGAUGCUAUCAGAGUUUAGACUAACUAGCUAACUAACUAGCAGUGUCAACGUUAAACAGGUUUGUAGGCUGUGCAGCCAAACAGGAUGUUAACAGUUUGGGCUUACAUUUUACUAUCAUAUUUGGAAUAAAUAGUUCAGACUACACUGCAACACAACAACAAAUAUGGUUAAGCAUUUGUUUCAGCCAAAGUAAUUAGUCUUUUAUUGGGGUAGUGUCUUUGUGGACUAGAGUUGCGAUGUUGCCUUCUGUUUCUAAAUGAGGAAAUGUUUGACCAGUAAAUUGUAAUUUUUUUCCCAUCUGCUUUAAAUGUGUAAUUAAGAAUGAAUAGCUUUUCAUUGGAGAUUACUAACCCAUUUUUAAAAUAUAAUUUUCUUUACUUUUAAAUGUCAUGCAACAUCUUACAGCCCAUUCACACACUGUUAAUACACUGGGUGACCGAUUACAACUUUAUUUUCAAACUGAUAAAUAAGGCUAUAAUAAAACAAGUUUACCCCAGCUGUUGUGUCGACAUGCUAUAAACUAAUGGCAGUGAAUGUAAUUUUAAUCCUGAGUGCCUUAGUGGGAAUCGAGCUCUCCUGCGUCUGUGUCUCCUGCCUUCAGCUCUUUGUGUCUGUACAGUGAAUUAUGUGUAUUUGAAUAUAAUAUGAAUGUGAAUUAUUGAUGUCAUUGAAGGACCUCUCCUGGCCUGUGGAGCUGUAUGAUAAUAAUAUAAGCUUAAUAUGUCUGUAAAUGAUUAGAGCUCAGCUAUAUUCAUAUUCAUUCUGAUGAUUAGAACCAUAAACCCACUGUGUAUAUGUCACUUAUUUGAAUAAUAAAUCUAUUUUCUCAGAGA